AUGACAGAAAUUCGAUCCUCGCAAGCCGGUCUGGAGGAUCCGGAUCAGCUGGCUCGGAAUGACCAUGUCUCAGAAAAUUCCAACCAGGAAACGAGCGGGUCCGAAGAAUCAUCACAAUCAUCGCCUGCUUCGAACGACCAACCCGAAUUCCUACUAACUCUACCUCGGUCGAAAUCAUGUACGGAACCCCUACCCGUUAUUACCGAUGUGUCAGAAGCAACGGCAACCUUCCGCCAGGCCUUUCCGGGUCUCUACGGUGCCCGAACCCCCUCCAAUCGCUCGUCAACCAGCUCACUACAAGCUCUCAACGAAGAUAUCGUGGUCGAUGCUCGCUCGGAAAAUGGAAGCUUGGGGAGGAGCCCUCGACGAGCUUCGAGACAAUCGGAUCACCAAUUCCCCGUUUAUCCCGAUCAAUCCUAUGCCUCCCUCCAGUCGCAGGUGCACCCCACCUGGCAAUACCGCCCGACACAACCAGAUCCUUUGCCUCGCCACUCCUAUGCUCGCGGUGUCCGUACCGCGGGCAACACCCCGGUUUCGAGCCCGGGGCUCUUCUCCAUGAGAUACCCUCGCGCAACUCCCUCCGUAUCUGACGAUGAUGUCUCCACGGGAAGCUCGCUCCUCCACCCAUCACAUUUGCAACCGCCAAAGGAAACCCACACCGCCGAAGUGGACCGCGAUACGGUUACGGGAAACAAAACCAUCAAUCAGUACGAGAUUCUUGAGGAGCUAGGUCGGGGCGAACAUGGUAAAGUGAAACUAGGCCAGCAUAUUACAACCAAGCAGAAAGUUGCCAUCAAAAUCGUCCAGCGCUACUCCACACGCCGCCGAUUGGGCAAAUUAGGCAACCCGGAAGACAAAGUGAAGAAGGAGGUUGCUAUUCUGAAGAAGGCGCGGCAUCCGAAUGUGGUCAGCUUGCUCGAAGUGAUCGACGAUCCGAAUCGGCAAAAGGUGUACAUUGUGCUGGAAUAUGUCGAAAAUGGCGAGAUUGUCUGGCGCAAGAAGGGUCUACGAGAAAUCGUCCAUGUCGACAAACUUCGUCUUGAGCGGGAAAAGAGCGGGAUACCAGACACUCCCGCGUUUCUGGAAGAGAGUCAUCAAUUCAUCCGAACUGCUCAGCAUUUACGGCGACAACGGGAGAAGGCCCGCGAGCGGAUCGAAGCACAAGCCGCCGAUGCCCAGAAAGGGCCUAUCCCGGGUUGGAGUUUGGAGCACGGUGCCGAGUCUUCAGAUGAGGAGGACGACGAGACCGGCCUUCCCAUCAGGAGAUCGAUUAGCCGGUCUAUUGCAGUAAUAGACGAAUCCAGCCCGUCCUCCGCCCACGAUGCAUCCCUCGGUGCCGUUGAGGGUAGCAUGUACGGCGCCUAUUCAGACUACCCAUUCGAACGCCGCUUUAGUACCACCUCCAGCAGUUUUGGGCACACCCCUUCUGAGCCUGAGUGGUCUGCAGAGGGCGACGACAUGGCAUACGUUCCUUGUCUCACCAUUGAUGAAACUCGCAGCGCCUUUCGGGACUCAGUUCUUGGUCUGGAAUACCUCCAUUAUCAAGGAAUCAUACACCGUGACAUCAAGCCGGCCAAUCUACUUGUUACUAGCAAUCAUCGAGUGAAGAUAUCCGACUUCGGAGUUUCCUACCUUGGCCGACCGAUGCGUGACGAGGAAGAAGAGCAGGUGGGUGAGAGCGAUGCGACCGAGCUAGACGAUGCCCGUGAAUUGUCCAAGACUGUUGGCACACCAGCUUUCUACGCCCCCGAAUUAUGUUACACCGGCGAUGACUUUGUGGAAACUAUCGGCUCGAUCCCCAAGAUCACCGGUGCGAUCGACGUUUGGUCACUCGGUGUCACAUUGUACGGAAUGAUCUUCGGUCGAUUGCCGUUCGUUUCGGACGACGAAUACAGCAUGUUCCAGACUAUUGUGAAGAAGGAAGUCUUUAUUCCACGGAAGCGCCUUGUCCCUGUGAUGGAUGAUUCACCGGACUCCAACCAGUGGAAUCUGAGAAAUGAUGAUGAGCUUGUUUACGAGGACAUCGACGAUGAGCUUUACGACCUGCUUAGACGUCUGUUGACCAAGGAUCCAGUCAGGAGAAUUACUCUCAAGGAGAUCAAGCACCACCCUUGGACCCUUCACGGCCUGCCUAAUCCUCGCGUCUGGAUUGAAGAGAGCGACCCUGGUUACCAAAGCAAGGGUAAGCGCAUUGAGGUCUCCAACGAGGAAGUCACAAGCGCCGUUAGCAAGGUUCCCUUCAUUCAACGUGUUCGAUCAAAUGUCGCCAAGUGGUUCGGCAGUCGAUCCAAGGACAAGGAGCCCCGCAAGCGCACGACGAGUACCACAAUGUCUACCGAAACCCUUUCCUCUUCCUCGAGCCACAACACAUUCGGGAAAACAUCCCACGACAGUCGUCGGUCCAGCUUCAGAGAGGAGGAUUUCUUCCGGCCACUCAAGUUCGGUACUCACGGACACCCGCUCGCCCAAAGCGUUACUGCGAGCCCGGUUGACGAAGGGGAUUGGCAAUCGUAUUUCGAUGCAGCGCAACCUGCCGUUGCCAACAUCGCUGUUCCUCCCAAGCCCGCCGCGACACCUCCGACCGUGGCAUCCCGUCCUGGCCAUCCUCGUCGCGCAAAGUCGUCCAUGUCCACAGCAGAGUCCUCCAAGACGGUCAGGCAAUCCAGUUUCGAUGUUCCAACGACAGUACGGCCCCGGUCGGGUGUUCAUUCUUCCAUCAUUGAGGCCCUAGGACAGACGAACUUUGGUAGUUUGUUCAGCGGAGCUACCCGCCGCGGAUCACGAGGCAGUCGUAGUCGGUGCACGUCCCCUUCUGGCAAGCCAGGAUCCCUGCAAGCAGAUGGAGAACGACGCUCUGCCGAACCUAGCAUCGCUAUCAGCAACGCAUCUGCUCAGGGCCAAGUGCGAACAGCUGGACUCUGGCAUGAAGACGAGCACCCUGCUCCUCGGCAAUUGGACCCCAUUCACGCACAUCGGCGCCACCGAUCUUCACAGUUUGAGAGCACCUCUCCGGCAGAAUCAUUCAAUCUCACGAGGGAUGCACUCCUGCGCCGCAGACGAAGCGACAUCGACGCAAACGAAGGCGGUACACUCAGAGUGGACUAUGCGAUGUACUCGACCGAAUCGCUCCUCCUACCACCUAUUUCUCCGCCUACUAAUCAUGGCUGCCCCGCUGAGCAUACCAACAAUGGGCUAAUCACCUCUACCCCGGCCACUAUCUCGUCCUCCUCUGCCGACGACUAUACCAGUGGCAUGUCCCAAAGUGCCUCUCACCCCAGCAUUCCGUCGGUCAUCUCGAAUGCCUCCUCCCUCUCCGGCGAUGGUCACUCGGUCAAUGACAAGGGUUUGGAAGAAGUACCGUCUAUGCUCCGCACUGGUGAAACCGUCAAACCCCCUCGCCCAAGCUCACCGCGAUCGUCCGAAGAGGAUGAGUCGAGGUACUACUGCGACGACGAGGACGAAGACGACGAUGAGUCGGAAGAUGAAGGCCUUGUGAUUGGGAAACGCAAGCCGCCUCUCAAGGCAGCGGCAGCAGAUGCCCCGUCGCAACUGUCGAACUGA